CCAGAUCGCUGGUUCUCACGUUGUCACUAUUGUUCCUUUUCUGCUUUUCUCCUCUGGCUUUCCGCACCUUUCCGUUUGGUGCCUCGUGAGAAGCGUUGUACGGCAUCGAACAAAAAUGGCUAUUCGACCAGUGUACAGGCCUACGAUCGUGAAGAAGAGGACGAAAAAGUUCAUUCGUCAUCAGAGCGAUCGUUACAGUAAACUGAAGAGGAACUGGCGUAAACCAAAAGGUAUCGACAACAGAGUGCGUAGGCGUUUCAAGGGACAGUAUCUGAUGCCCAACAUCGGUUACGGAAGUAACAAGAAAACGCGUCACAUGCUACCGACUGGUUUCAGGAAAGUUUUGGUACACAACGUCAAGGAAUUAGAAGUUCUGAUGAUGCAAAACAGAAAAUUCUGUGCCGAAAUUGCCCACGGUGUAAGCAGUAAAAAACGUAAAUCGAUCGUCGAACGUGCUCAGCAACUUUCAAUAAGGGUGACCAAUGCCAAUGCGAGACUGCGUUCUCAAGAGAACGAAUAAAACCAUAUUCUUGUUUGAUUUAAUAAUAAAGCGUUUAAAGUAAGUCCGGUA